UGACAUCGGUCGGUGCGGAGAUUUCUGAUUCCACAAUUUGUUAAUUGAGAGAUAGCUGCAAUUCUAUUAAAUGUACGAAUUAACAUUGGUUAUUAUGCCCAGUAUAUUUAAGUAGUCUGGUUAAUUCUUUCCUUUGCUAUUUGCCAAGAUCUUCUGUUAGUGAAGCCCGCGGUCUUAAAGAUAAUGCGUUUUGACGUUUUCUUAACGAAAUUGAUAUUAUAAAUAACCAUGUGGUCGGUAGAUUUCAUAGAGUUCCUACCAAUAACGAAACACAAAAAGAGGUACUAAAUAAUUAUCGUUUAUUUUCUAUGAUUGAAAGGUGCUAUUUUAUUUUUGGAACAUUAAUUUUUUAUAUUGCACGUAAACGUUUUCAGUUUCUAAAGUUUGUCACUUUCUUGAUGAGGGCUUUAUUACAAUAAUUUUUGUAGGUACUAAACUGCAUUUUAAAAAUCUAUUUUACAAGAAAAAGUAAUUCAAUUUAGUUUGUUUAUUAGUACAUUUUAAAUUAAUUUUUUAAUACAAAAUGUGCCCAUGUAACAGUGUCUGACUCAGUCACUGUCCAGCUGUUGAUUUUGACUGUCCCAGUACCUGACAAUCAGUAUUAAUUAUUAUUGGAGUACCUUAGCCGGAUCAAACAAUUAAACUAAUAAAAGAUUGACAUAAAUAGAAUGAUGGUCAACGCCGACAGCUCUUUUAGUUUGCAUUGAUGCGUUCAAAUCGUAAGUUUAUGGUCUACAACCAUGAAUCCUUUUGCGCUGAUAAUUAUUAUCGAAGUUUUGUCAUCGACAAAAGCCGAAAAGUUUAAAUGGAGACCGUCCUACAGUUACCCUCAGCCAAUACCUCAAGAUAUUAUGGUCGAUUCGGUCAACUAUCUUGGAUUAGUACUUUUGCAGGCGCACAAUCACAACAACGGAAAUAAUAUAGCUCUGUCUCCAUACGGUGCUGCAAGUGUGCUGGUUGCACUUGCCGAAGGUCUUCAAGGAAGAGCGCUGGACGAAAUUUCACGCGCCAGUCUUCUUCCGCUCGAAUUUGAUGUUAUGCGUGUUGGAUUGCGAGAUAUACAUAGACAUUUAAAGAGUUACUUCAUUCCUGAAGAAGGCUUUUUAGCUGGGCUGACGUUUAGUCAUGAAAAUGUCACAUUGAAAUCAUCAUACGAAAGUAUUUUAAGGUUCUAUGGAUAUGAUGUUGAUAAUUUUAACUCCGCACUAUACCCAACGCCCUCUACUACUACUUCAUAUGCAUCACAGAACGCUACAACUAGUACUAGUAUCCUCGAGACAAAAAUAAACGAUGUAUCUCCCACAACAACUCCAUCACAAACACAUACAACAGUAUACACUCAAGUGACUAACACUAUGACCACAGAAAGCAAUAUUAGCUCAGUUUCGACUAAUUCCAUUACUGCAACUACGACAUGUAUUACUAAUGCUCCAAGUAUUCCUAGUACAAUAACUGCAAAUAUUCCUAGUACCAACACUGUGAUGACUUCAUUCCCGAGUUCUCUCACAACGACUACACCCCGAGUUACAACAACUACUCCAUCAACAACGAAUACCAAGCCUACAACGGUUACUGAUGCGUCCAUAACUGAACAACCAACUACAAGUACCACACAGCUUACAGCCACCACAGAGGCAACUAUAACGACAACUACUACAGAACCUACUAUCACCACAGAGACAACUAGUACUUCUACAACUACCACAGAACCUACUAUCACCACAGAGAUACCUAGUACUUUGACUACUACGACCAAACCUACAACAACUGUAACUACUACUACAACAGUCCCUACAACUACGACGAGCAUCACACCUGCAGCCACAUUAUCAUUUACCACUACACCAACUACUAUCAGUAUACCUACGACUACUACUAGUACUCCUACAACCACGACAGUAGCUUCUAGUAAUUCCAUGGCUAAUACAAUGACAACCAAAAUGCAAACCUCUACCGCAACGCUUAUAGUAACAGAAACUGCAAGUAUGUCACUUGAGACAUCAUCAAUUACUGAUACGACUGACUCGUCAACAAGUGAAGCUACCAUCACAGAAACGAUUUCAACUGAAUCAACAAUAGGGCAACCAUCAUCAACCACAGAAACAGAAGAAGAGAAACCCAGAGAAAAAAGAUCUGUAGUUGACUACCUGAUAGCAAAAUAUUAUGACAGCAACGAACCCGCGCAUAUAAUAUCGCGAUAUGAACCAUCUCAUCCCACAACGUUCCUGGUGAAUGGAAGAAUCCGGGAACCUAAUAUAAAUUUUAUGACUUACGAUACGGUACUACCCUUCCGAUAUAUAUCAUACCUAAACGCGCUGGCGUUGACUUUUCCACUGGACAGUACAAAAUACUACCUUCUCCUAGUGCUCCCAAUUGACGAAACUGGUAUCGACAUCUUAGUCGAUAACAUAAUUAGCACGACGUUAAAACAGAUCAUCAGCAAUUUACAGCCGACAAGAGUCAAAGCCACGAUACCCAGUUUCACUCUGAAAGGCUACGUCGUGCUAACACCAACCCUUCAAAAGAUGGGAAUUAAGACAAUUUUCGAACCACGCCGAGCCGACUUUUCCAGACUGACCGACGACAAAAAUAUCUACGUAACAAAUAUUGAACAAGCAAUAACGGUGACAAUAAGAAAUUACGUCGAUCCGUCAACUUUACAUAACGACGAAAAUUAUCACCAUCGAGGACCUGUUGUUUUUAACGCGGAUCACCCGUUCCUUUACUUUGUGAUGGAUUCGCAAAUUCACGUUGCGCUGAUGGCGGGGAAAAUUGUUAAUCCACUUAAUUCUAGAAUUAGAUGAUACCUAAUUUACCAUAAUUAAUAAAUUUUAAUUAGUACCUGCCUAUCUUGAAAACUGUAUCUAUAGAAGUAGUUAAGGCUUCGAACGGACGGAGAAAGCGGCCAUA